GCUGGUAAAAGGCUAGCUGAAGGUGGAGCCGCUGAAUCAGCCAAACCUCAUGGCAUCUCUACUGUACUGAGAGAAUAGAUAUCAUUAUGGCGGAGAGAGAGAAUCUGAGAGGCUCCCCAGAGCCCGAGGACAACUCUUACAUCCGUACAGCCGUUACCCUGGGUGCAGCAGAGGUCAUCAGUGACUGGCUGGCAGUAGAGGCUAACCAGUCCAACAAGGCUGAGGUGACUGACAUGGUACUAGUGCCAGCGGCUAUGUACGGGCAGCUGAGACUGCUGGAAGCUGCCUUGCAAUACGGCGAUCUCUCAAAGCAAGACUGUGAUCGCAAGUACCGUGGCUGGACAUUGAUGCACUUUGCUGUGGAGGGAGCUCAGAGAGUAGUGGUCAUGAAUCACCGUGGUGAUGAGCAAGUGACGAACGAGCCAAGAGAGGAUUAUCUGACUGCCAACCAGCCUCAGUCGGUAGAGGAGGUACGCUGGGUACAACUGGACAUCAUCAUGAGGCUGUACAGUGCCGGAGCUCCCACUACUCUUGAGGACGAGAGUGGGGACAGUGCAUCAGACAGAGCUUGUCGGAGACUAGAGGACCCCUUCCUAGAGGGGGCAAUGCUACUAGAUAUUCUGUCUAUUCUGGAGAGCAAGAAGACCUCCAGUGAAGCUCAUGUUGACACUCCAGGGCUGUCUUGUAUUCCUAGUGGGAGGGGCUGGAAGAGAGCUAUUCAGCAACUGGUCGAAUGGGCAUACCACAGGAAACAUUACGAGGUACUCCAGUUUUGCCACAAGAAGAAGUUUGCAGAGUUGGACUCCCCAAACCUUGUUCUCACUUCACCAGAGUUUAAGUUGAGACAGCAGAGAAGACCUCUAGUGGUGGACUCAAUAUUAGCACGGGAUUUCAACAUCCUACGAAUCGUCUUAACCAUACCGCCAAUCAAAUACGAGGUCCUCUCUAAGAUGUACGAUUUUGUGGAGGGUAACACGUGCGUCAAGAGGAGCGUAUUAUUCUAUGCUUGUGAGCUGUAUCAAAAUCGAUCACACGAGGAAGACCCUCUCGUUUUAACCUCGUUACUCUCGAGGGACGUAAUUGGAGUGAACUUGACCAACGUCACAAUCACAGGAGUUGGGCUGCGAUCUCUCCCAGUUAUUCUAUUCCAUCCCAAGCUACAGAGCCUGGAUGUUCGAGAGAACAUACUGGACCGGUUCCCAACGUCUGAUCAGACAGGGCAAAGUCUCGGUUGGGACUGCCCGCAACUGGAGAUCAUUAAUAUCUCCAACAACCACUUCUCUGAGAUCCCUAAGGGCAUAUUCAAGCUCAAGUCUCUAGCAAGGCUUGUGGCAAUGGCCAAUCACAUCAAGACCCUGCCAAUGGAGAUGUGGUCUGCUCCCUCCCUCAAAGUGCUAGACCUCAGUGAUAAUCAGAUACAGGUACUCCCCUGCCAUCACCCACACACGAGGGUGGCCACUACCUUCACUUCAGGCAUGGUCUACUCUCAACUGCCCCAGCAUCGCACAGGGCGUGUGUUCCUCAACCAAGCCAUACCCCUAGAGAGCAUCAAACACGGCUACAUCAACUACGAUAUUGACCAUAGUAGCCCUCACAGAGAUCAAGUUGGGUUCGGGCUCCAAUCAUUGGAUCUAAGCGGCAACCAAUUGAGAGAGGUACCUCGAUCAUUACCAUGUCUUGCUCCUCUGUUACAAACCCUCAAGCUGGCAAGGAACCAGCUGCAAGCCCUCGGACAAGCUGUGGACUACCCACCAUUACUGCAAAUGUUGGACGUUAAAAACAAUGGAAUUGUUAGUCCCCUAAUGUCCUCACUGACCACACCCACCAUUAAUUGCGUCCAAUCAGAAGUCACCAACGUAUCUCCGAUAUGCUCUCAUGCUCAGCACGAGAAUUUGGGCAAUCUCAAGUUUCUGUACCUCUCAGCCAAUCGUCUGGAGCAUUUAGAGAUUGAAUAUGACCCGCCUACCCCUGAACAAAGCUUCGAGGACAGCGGGGCGUCGGAAAGCCUCGCGUGUGUGGGCCCCAAGAAGCUGCUCUUCCCUAAGCUACAGGGUUUGCAGAUGAGCCACAAUCAGUUGACGGAGCUGCCAAAGAAUAUACAUCGUCUGGAGAAGCUGUGUGAGCUGGCCUUCGAUAACAACCCUCAGAUACGACAGCUGCCGCCGUGCCUACACAAGCUGACCAGUCUCUUCACACUCAGGUACAAGGGUAUCAGUGAUCCAGUGGUGGCUGAACUGGCUAACAUCAAGACCACCCCAGAGUUGCUCUACUACCUCAAGGCCAGAGAAACAAAGGCCGUGGUGAACCAAUCCAUGAGACUGUUUGUGAUUGGGCACUACUCUAAGGGCAAGAGCACUCUCCUCGAGGCGCUUAAGGGCAACGUACGUCGCGGUGGCAUCAUGAACAGCUUUGAUAUCCGUACUAGGAGGAUUGGAUCGAACUCAGACAGCCUCACACCUGAAGAGAGAGCGUCCACAGUGGGCAUUGAGCUGGGCAAGUGGAUCUGCUCUCUCAAGAGAAGGCACAAACAAGAACAGAAGAUCACCUUCUACACCUGGGACUUUGCAGGCCAGGAGGAGUACUAUGUGACGCAUCAGUGCCUCCUAACCAACCGAGCACUGUACCUACUUGUGUGGAAUGUUGAGGAUGGUCUGCCUGGCAUUGAGAGCCUCAGCAUCUGGCUACAGAAUAUGCAGGCUCGGGCGCAAGGGUUCAGCCACAAUGUCAUCAUUGUUGGCACUCAUUUGGACAAGAUCUCGAGACAAGAGAGAGAGUCAAAGAAAAAAAUGUGGACUGAACUUCUGGAAAGAUACAAUACUGGCCGCAACCACAGCCGUGUGUUCCCUAAGAUAGCAGGUGUGGCAUUUGUGGGUUCUGUCCCAGGGAGAAACAGGUUCAUCGACUUUGACCAGCUCAACGACCUCAUCUACGAUGUGGCUACUGAAAUGAAAGCUCCCAAAGACUUCAGCAGUGCAGCCGUGGGGCUCACCAUUAACAUCCUGGAUGAGAAGAUCCCUCAGAGCUAUGAUAGACUGAGACUGAGGAUAGAGGAGAUUGCUCGUCAGUUGAGGGAGCUGCGUCAACCACCUGUGCUCACCAGAGAGGACUUCUGUGAGAGGGUCAAUGACAUCAUCACUACCGAGGGAGAGAUAGACACAGCUGUCAAGUUUCUACACACUACAACUGGCGUGGUGCUUCACUUUGAUCAGCCGCUCAUUGCCGAUUAUUAUAUCGUGGACCCUCAGAAGUGGUUUGACCUUUGCGCCUUGGUCAUCGCCCCCGACAACGUGAGCAGCCUGGUCAUGUGCAGGGGCAGAAUGGGAGAUGACAAAUAUGGUCUCCUGAGUUGCAAGGACAUGAACGAACAGUUUGAACGGCAAGGUUGUGAUGUCAACAUCAGCAAGAUUAUUCGAACCUUCCUAGCACAGUUCCAUAUUAUCCAUCAGAUCAGCUCAGACUAUUGCCUGGUACCCUCGGCCGUUACCGCCACCCCAGACCUCCCCAAGGACUCAGAAGUGGGCAGUUUCCCACGCAAGAUUAACCUAAUGCACACAGCUCAGCGUAUAUCUCCCUAUGCUCCCUCCCUACCCUCUGUUAUGCCGUUAGCUUGCAAGUCCCCGGAUGAGAUUCAACUGAAAGUCACCACUACUGGCCUGAUAUACAGACGAUUCAUUCUACUCCCCCCGAUAGCCUCAGGGUUUUGGAGCAAACUAAUCGCGUUGUUUCUGCAGAAGAAAGACUUCAACAAGUUAGUAGAGGGAGCCACUCCUCGUGAGCUAGGCCUGAGGGCAAUGGGCCCGGCACACAGACUACGAGCACAUAUCGGGAACAUUGAGGUCCAAUGGUCGUACUGGAAGACGGGUAUCAUCUUGUACCUGGGUGAAUGCGUGGCGCUACGAGUCAACAGUUUUCAAAGCCAUGAGUUCCAAGACCCUCUACAAUCAAUCGAAACAUCCAUUUUUGCCACACGACAGGAAAAUGUGCGUGGCUUCUUCUAUCGCCAAGGCAACGCAUACAAGACAUUCCCGCCACAUUUCCGAGAGGUCAUAGAGGUCGUAGUACCCGAGAUACGCAUUGAGAGCACACACAAUAUUGCUGAGCCGUGCAGUCAACCGUUGAGUGCUCGCAUACUAGCCAAAGCACUGGAGAUAGUCGAUGAGGUGGUCAAGAGUCACUGUGAACAUCUCUGCACAUCCGGUAUAUAUUCACACUCGGACAUGGCUCAUGUGAUCCCGUGUCCCCUGUGCUAUGGAGACAAAGACUGCAGGGGGCAGCAUACACAGACCCCCCACAUAGAAUACGAUGAUGACAUCACUACCUCUGAUGAUUACUAUCCAAGUGACCCAACGGCAGCUUUAGUUCCUGGUAGAUUAUUGAACAUUGGAAGGGAUAUGGUUGAUGAUGAUGAACCACUCGUUUUUGAACCAGUUGAACCGGUUGAACCAGAGGAAGAGGUGGAUCCGACCACCCUGCCAGGGUCUAUAUUCGUGAUGACUGUAGAGUCCAUAAUCAAGGAGACGUUUUCAUCCGAUGUAGUUUGUUGCCCUGCCCACAAGAAGCUGGAGAUAGAGCACCUCGCCCCCGACCUGGUGUUUGCUGAUCUGGUGGAUGUCAAGUUGGACAAGAGUCGUUUCUCAGCUCUCAUAGACAAAGAUGAAGUUCCAGUGGCUAGAGGAUCGUUUGGCAAGGUUUUCAAGAACUCCCUCGCCACAGAGACGGAGGGGGAGCUGGAAGUGGCAGUCAAAGUGUUUGAUCAGCCUGACACGGGUCUCCAUGACGUUUCCACGGAGAUAAUUCGUAGCUAUGGCGACAUGAGAUACGAGUUGAACAAGUUGAGCCUCCUGAAACACCCGUACAUAGUGCGGUUCAUUGGAGUGCUCACUAACCCUCAUUCCUUUGUGCUUGAGUGGGCCCCGGAGAAGAGUCUGGAGCACAUAAGAGUCACGCAUGCUCAGUAUGAGUCUCCAGUGUGUGCAGCAGCUCUCUUCCAAACACUCGUACAGGUGACGAGUGCGCUGGCGUACCUCCACAGCAAGGUGGGUAUAGUCCAUCAAGACCUUCGUUGCAGCAACAUCCUCGUGUUCCAAUUCCCUGACAACAAGCACGACUGUUAUCGAGGGUCAAAGUUCACCGAAUGCAGAGUAUAUGUGAAGCUAACAGACAUGGGCAUCAGUGCUAACCCUCUCGUACAUCGCGUGGGCGAGGCCAACGGGUUCAAACUCUUGGUACCCGAGUGUCUCAUUGCCAACACCAUGGCAACACUCACAGAAAAGGUGGACAUGUUUUGCCUUGGGUCUUGUCUAUAUGAGCUGAUGAGUCUGAGGGGACUUCCCCCUGCUGACAUCUCCCAGCCAGAGUACAGUGUCAUGCUCCAGUCAGGCAAGAGGGCACAGUUCCAUGCUAAGGACCCCUCCUACCCACUCUACCUGUACCAAGCCCUGGAGGAUUGCUGGCAACAGGAGCACUAUAACAGACCUCCAGCGGAGGACCUAUGUCGAGUGCUCAUGAAGCUAACUGGGCUGAAGUUUGCUGAAGACACUUGCAACACUCAGGAAAUGUCAGCUAUUUUGUUGGACUCGUACACACUGCAUCCUGAUAAGAGGAUCGCAAGGUCAGAGGUCAUUUGUAAGGACGGUAAGGUGGACAUAUGUGUUGCCAUGGCUACCCGAGACGACACGUCUACUACCAUAGCAACAAUCAAGUAUCAGGACGACAUCAGAUCUGAGCUAGCUUUGGAGUCGUCUGGUACCAUCAGAAACAACCCGGUGAUAGCCCUCCACCACUCUACUGACGGGUACAUCUUUGUGGCCCUAACAGAUGGUUCCCUGACUCUGUACGACAAGGAUCACAUCAAGUAUACCGCCCAGCCAGCACAGUCAUGCUUCACUAAGCUCCCCCACGGUGACAUCGUACGCAUCUUCUAUGAUCCAAUAUCAUCACUGCUAAUCGUUGGGUUUGCCAGCGGGAGGGUCCAUAUUGAGAAGUGCACUCAAGGCGUGGAGAAGAGCAUUACCGGUGUUACCCAAUGGAGGGUGUUUUGUGGAACGUUGGGUUGUAACGACGAACUCAAGUCGAUGGAGUGUAUCGUAUCUCAAGACUCUCAUAGGCUAGAGAUCUGGUGCGGGACGAUGACCGACUGUAUCGAGGUGUGGAGUUUAGAGAUUGAUCCUUCCAAUACCUGGGGAACGGAAACAGUCGAACGAUGUCGUACCGUGUCCAGGGUUCAGGUACCAGAGUUGGUUCCUGAGAGUUCAUACCGAGGGUCAAUGGGGGUGUGUCUACGUGUGAGCGAGGAUAUGUCCAAAAUAGUGGUGUAUAUCAACAGAGGUACAAGUCAUGUGACUCUCCUGGACGUGGCUACCAAGACACCUAUCAAGAGUUUCAGCUGGGAGCAUUCAGUGGCGUCAGUGGUACUGUCGAGUCGUAAGCUAGCCAUGGGGACAUACAAUGGAGAAGUGUUCAUAUUCGAUGCUCCCAAACUGCUGGAGAGGGAUACUAAUCUAAGCCAGGCCCAGACUGCUGUGUUGAGAGCUCACAAGCCCAAGAGCAAGGUUUACUCCCUCGCCUGUAUUGAGGGGACCAUCAACAGCAGCGGACAAACUUCCAUCUUCCCCGCUUACAUUGGUAGGAGUGAUUGCGACGUGCCCAAAGACUUCCUAGUGUCCGUGGGAUAUGGAAGGAAGUACACUGAUCUCGGUGAACUCAGCGAAAAGAUAUUCAAGAGCUCUUCGAAAAAAGACGGAAUUUUUGUAAACAUUUGGAUGCUGUAAUCUAGUUUUUCGAUUAUAUUUUUAUAUGUAUACUGUUUCCAUUCCAGCGCUGUCAGUAGUGAUUAUCUAAAACCACCUAGUGAAAGCACUGUCCUGUAUUUAUUUUUUGUUUUGUAUUUUGUAGCACACCUUCUAUUGGAUGAAAUGAUUUGUAUGGAAUGCAAUAAAAAAUUUAUUAUUAUUGUUGAGAAAA